AUGUUGAACCUUCCAAAAACCAAGCCAUGGAUAACAUUUGAGCAAUGGAGCCUGGACUACGAAAGCCCGAUGAUCACCAUCUGGAUUGGACGCACACCUCAAAUUAUUGUCAAUGACAGCUGGACCGCUUCCGAGUUGAUGGAGAAGCGAGCCGAUAUCUACUCAUCACGCCCAAGACGGGUGGUUAUGGGUGACGUCUGUGGGACAACAGAAUCUAACCAGGUAUUGCUGAAGUACAACGAUCACUGGCGGACACAGAGGAGGAUCAUGGUAGGGCAACCUUUCCACCAUGGGCAUCUCGACAUCAUGACUGACUUGUUGCGAUAUAGNCAUCUUGCUGUGGGUUCCCAAGCUGUGCGCCAGUACAGAGAUUUCCAAGCAGACGAGUCUGCGAUCCUGAUGAAAGACCUCAUGAUCAUGCCAGACGGAUAUGUCACGUCGAUUGAGCGCUAUUCGUGCUCCAUUGUGUCAAUCCUGGGCUGGGGCAGACGCAUCAGCGAUCGCGACGACUACAUUGUGAAACUCGCCACGACCUUCAUGGAAGAUAGAACCGGCAUGGAAGUGCCUGGCGCUUACUGGAUGGAGGCUAUUCCUGAAAUGCAAUAUUUACCCAGCUGGCUCUAUCCUCUACCACACCAGUUACGCCAUCUUGGUGACGCACUGAAAGCAUAUUGGUGGGCCUUGACAGAGGAGGGCGCGCAAGCACCUGAGCACAACUUCUCCAAGUCCCUCAUGGUUGAUGGGCAGCGGCAAGGACUUUCCAAGGCUGACAUCUCCGAUAUGACAGCAAAUCUCAUAGGNGGUGGGGUGGACACCAGCUCCAGCACUAUGCUAACGUGCAUACUUGCCAUGUGCGUUUUUCCAGAGGCCCAAAAGCAAGCGCAAGAAGAAAUUGAUCGCGUCGUGGGACAUGAUCAGUGCCCGGACUGGGAUGCGCUCGAUUCUCUUCCAUACUGUCGUGCUCUUUUCAAGGAGACACUCCGCUGGCGCAGCGUCACAGUACUUGGUGGCCUACCACAUGCACCAAUCCGGGAUGAUGUCUUNUCGGGGCAAGCGCAAGCGACCCUACCCGAACACCCGUGGACACAAUGCCUUUGGUUGGGGCAGAAGGGCAUGCAGUGGGCAGCCUCUAGCUGA